GCCAUGCUGGCGGAAGCGGGGCCAGCGCGGCGCAGGGGCUGGGCUGCCGGGUCCCCAGCGGUGUAGCCGGCGUCCUCCCCUCCAGCCGAGUCUUGUCGCUGAGGGGCGGCGGCGGCCGGCGUGAUGGAGAGGCGCAGGAUGAACCUGCCCACCGGGCCGGACACGCUGUGCUUCGACAAGGACGAAUUCAUGAAGGAUGAUUUCGACGUGGAUCACUUUGUGUCUGAGUGCAGGAAGCGGGUGCAGCUGGAAGAGCUCCGAGACGACCUGGAGCUGUACUACAGGCUGCUGAAGACAGCCAUGGUGGAGCUCAUCAACAAGGACUAUGCGGACUUUGUCAACCUUUCAACAAACCUGGUCGGGAUGGACAGAGCCCUCAACCAACUUUCUGUGCCUUUGGGACAGUUAAGAGAAGAGGUUCUGAGUCUUAGGUCAUCCGUCAGUGAAGGAAUUCUGGCAGUGGAUGAGCGAAUGUCUAAACAAGAAGACAUUAGGAAGAAAAAGAUGAGUGUGUUGAGACUUAUACAAGUUAUCCGAUCAGUUGAGAAAAUAGAAAAAAUCUUAAACUCUCAAAGUUCUAGAGACACAUCCCCACUGGAAGCAAGCAGCCCACUCCUGACGGGGCAGGUUUUAGAGAGAAUCGCUACAGAGUUUAACCAGCUGCAGUUUCACGCUAUGCAGAGCAAGGGCAUGCCCCUUUUGGACAAAGUGAGACCCCGCAUAGCCGGCAUCACGGCCAUGUUGCAGCAGUCGCUGGAAGGCCUCCUACUGGAAGGCUUGCAGACUUCAAAUGUGGACAUCAUCCGGCACUGCCUGCGCACCUAUGCCACCAUUGACAAGACACGGGAUGCAGAAGCUCUAGUGGGCCAAGUCCUGGUGAAGCCGUACGUCAGUGAGGUGAUUGUUGAACAGUUUGCCGAGACUCAUCCCAGUGGCCUUCAGCUCAUAUACAACAAGCUCCUGGAAUUUGUCCCUCACCACUGCCGCCUCCUCCGGGAAGUCACAGGAGGAGCUGUGUCAAGUGAGAAAGGCGCUGUCGUUCCUGGCUAUGAUUUCUUGGUGAAUUCUGUGUGGCCAGAAAUAGUUCGAGGACUGGAGGAAAAGCUACCCUCACUCUUCAAUCCUGGGGAUCCCGAUGCCUUUCACGAGAAAUACACUGUAAGCAUGGAUUUUGUGCGGAAGUUUGAACGGCAGUGUGGAUCCCAGGCCAGUGUGAAGCGGCUGCGAGCUCACCCUGCCUACCACAGCUUCAGCAAUAAGUGGAACCUGCCUGUGUAUUUUCAGAUAAGGUUUAGAGAAGUGGCAGGAUCCUUAGAAGCAUCCCUCGCAGCCGGGCUAGAAGACGCCCCAGCUGGAAGUCCGUAUUGCCUUUUGGCUUCUCACAGAACAUGGAGCAGCCUGGAGAAAUGUUGGUCCAGCGAGAUGUUCCUGCCUCUGUUGGCGCAUCGUCUGUGGAGACUCACGCUACAGAUUCUGGCCCGGUUCUCCGUGUUUGUCAGUGAGCUUUCUGUCAGGCCCAUUGCUAAUGAAAGCGUGAAGGAGACUAAAAAACCCUUGGCUGGCAGCAAAGACCCUUCCGAAGACCACGGCAGCCACCCUGCAGAAGCCGCAGCAGUGUCCACUUCUAGCACUCAGCUGGUGUACAUGGUCUCAGAUCUGGACAGGCUGCAGGAGUGGCUUCCAGAACUCCUGGAGACAGCCAAGCCAAAGCUCGAAGCCAUCGGCUUUAAGAACUUCUCAUCUAUCUCAGCGGCCCUGGAAGACUCCCAGAGUGCCUUGUCUGCCCACGUGCCAGCUCUGAGCAGCAGGAUUGUCCAGGGCCUGAGUGAGUCUUGCUUCAGUUAUCUGAAGAGUGCCCUGGAGGUCCCCAGGCUCUACCGCAGGACCAACAAGGAGGUGCCCAGCACAGCCUCCUCUUACGUGGACAGUGCACUGAAGCCGUUCUACCAGCUUCAGCAUGGGCACGGGGACAAGGUGAAGCCAGCAGUGAUGCAGCGCUGGCUGCAGGAAGCUCUGUCUGAGAGCACACACAGGUACUUUGAGACCGUGUCAGAUGUGCUGGACUCAGUGAAGAAGAUGGAGGAGAGCCUGAAGCGCCUCAAACAAGCCAGGAGGUCCCCAGCCACCAAUCCUGUCAGUUCCAGUGGCGGCAUGAGUGAUGAUGACAAGAUCCGGCUGCAACUGGCCCUGGAUGUGGAGUACCUGGGAGAACAGAUACAAAAGAUGGGCUUGCAGACCAGUGACAUCAAGAGUUUUCCAGCCCUGGCGGAGCUCGUCCUCGCUGCCAGGGACCAGGCGACUGCAGAACAGCCCUAGGCAUCCUGACAGGAUCUGCAGUGGGAAGAAAGCCCUUGUCCUCUGAGUCGCUGAGCAACAGCCUGUACCCUGCCCAGUGUGUGUGGACAUCUUUCACCCAGAAAGAACCAGAAGCCUUUCCAUUGUAUGGAAGACAGUUGUUAUGACAUUUGAAGCU